CAUUCAAUGAUAAGGAUGAAGCUCUUUCCAAAUUACCGGUGUGCCUGUUCCCUUCUGUAUUCAUUGCUCCUGCUGGUGCUCAUGGCGCCACCAGCUUUAGCCUUGAACACCAGCAGCGAUUUUCAAGCACUCCUCUCCUUUAAAUCUUUCAUAACCAGCGACCCAAGCAACUCCCUGGACUCAUGGAGAGCCAACUCUACCACUGUUUGUGAUGGAUGGCGAGGAGUUUCUUGCGAUCUUCGCAACCGACGAGUUGUGGCCAUCGAUCUGCAGAGUCUUCGCUUGACAGGAAGCAUCACUCCUCACAUCGGAAACAUCUCCUUCCUUCGACAACUGCACCUGCAAAACAAUCAGUUGGUUGGGAGCCUCCCCAAGGAAAUCGGUCAUUUGUUUCGACUUCGGAGCCUGAAUGUAAGCUCCAACUUCAUUGAAGGUGGGAUUCCUGAGGAUAUCACAGGAUGUCGUCAGCUGAUCAUGCUCGACAUGCUGAGCAAUCGGCUAACUGGCUCCAUUCCUAACCAGCUUUCUUUGCUUUCGAGGCUCCAAGUAUUGAGGCUUGGACAAAAUUUGCUUACUGGCACCAUCCCGCCCUCGAUCGCGAACAUAACCUCUCUCACCACCCUCCACCUUGGAACGAACUCCUUGAAUGGCUCCAUUCCACCUGAUCUUGGACGCUUCCCGAAAUUGCAGCACCUCCAAUUCUCCAGCAAUGAGCUUUCAGGAACCAUCCCUGACUCCCUCUAUAACAUCUCCACAAUCAUCACAUUUGUAGUUGCAGAUAACCAUUUGCACGGGCGAAUCCCCUCCGACAUUGGCUUGAGGCUCCCAAAUGUCGAAUUGCUAAACCUCUGCAUAAAUCCCCUGACUGGUCCCAUCCCUUCAACGCUGAUUAAUGCCACAAAGCUCACCAACAUUAGGUUGUCGCACAACUUCUUGGAGGGGACUGUUCCCUUGGGUCUGGGCAACCUAAAGGAGCUUAUCUUCUUCAAUAUCGGAUUCAACAGGCUCACUGGGGAAGGAGAGACUGGACUGGAAUUCCUCACAUCUUUGGCCAAUUGCACGAAACUCGAGUGGUUUGCUGCUGAUGAGAACCUCUUCCAUGGGGUUCUCCCAGCGUCUGUGUCAAACCUCUCCACCCACCUCUCAAAAUUUUAUAUUGGGGGUAACCGUUUGCACGGGAGCAUACCAGUUGGAAUUGGCAAUCUCAUUGGAUUGACACUUCUAAACUUGACUGGGAACUCAUUAAGCGGGAGCAUCCCAUCAGAGAUUGUCCGACUGAAAAACCUGCAGAGUCUGAGUCUCGCGAAGAACAUGUUGUCGGGUACAAUUCCUGACUCUCUUGGUGGUCUCACCAAGUUGAAUCACCUUGAUUUACAUGGGAACAAUCUUACUGGAACAAUACCUUCUGGUCUUGGCUUCUUUAAGCAACUCCUCUCUUUGGACUUGUCCCGAAAUCAACUAGAAGGAAGCAUUCCUAAGGAAGUUUCCAGUCUCUCGAGCUUAGGUCUUUAUCUCAACUUAUCUCAUAAUCUUUUGAGCGGCCCCUUGCCAGUUGAAGUUGGAGAAUUAGAUAAGACAGUCGCCAUUGAUGUUUCAAAGAAUCAUUUGUCUGGGAUCAUCCCAGCCACGAUUGGUAACUGUGACGGAUUGCAGUACAUAUUCCUUCAUGAUAAUUCCUUCACAGGUACAAUACCUGAUUCCUUAGGGGAUAUAUAAGGUUUGCAAAUCUUGGACCUCUCCUCUAAUCAUUUGUCAGGAGCCAUCCCAAUGUCUUUGCAAUCAAGUAAGUACUUGCAAUACUUGAAUCUUUCCUUCAAUAAUCUAGAAGGGGAAGUCCCAAAUGAGGGUGUGUUUGCCAACAUCACGAAGCAGGAACUCCAAGGAAACAUGAGGCUAUGUAGCAAAAUCACAAGCAAAUGGCAAUUACCCUCGUGCCAUCUUUCUAGUUCUCAAGGAAUGUCUUUGGUACUGAAAGUGACAAUUGCAGUAGCUGGAUUCACUUUCCUCAUCGUUUUAUUAGGGUUGGCAUAUAUAUUAUUCUACAGGAAGAGUAAACCAGUGAAGGUGGCCUCGUCAGAGUCGUUUAGAGCUGUACACAAAAGGGUUUCAUAUGAGGAGCUUUCAGUUGCAACUGAUAAAUUCAAUCCAACUAACUUUUUAGGCGGUGGUGGUUUUGGCUCUGUCUUCAAAGGAUGCCUUCGUGAUGGAACUGUUGUUGCUGUCAAGGUCUUGAACCUCGAAAAGCAUGGGGCAUCCAAGAGCUUCUUUGUGGAGUGUGAUGCCCUUCGUAGCAUUCGACAUCGGAAUCUUGUUAAGCUCAUCACCUCUUGCUUAAGUACUGAUUUCAAUAAUACUGAUUUCAAGGCUCUGGUCUAUGAGUUCAUGCCAAAUGGCAGCCUGGAAGAAUGGUUGCAUCCCCCUGAAAAUUCAUCACAUGGGAUUCAAUUAGACCUUUCUCAAAGACUGAACAUAGCGAUUGAUGUCGCGUCUGCAUUAGAUUAUCUACACAAUGACUGUUCCACGCCUAUUGUGCAUCGAGACCUCAAACCUAGCAAUGUCCUUCUUGAUCAAGAUAUGACAGCAAGAGUAGGGGACUUUGGUUUGGCAAGGUUGCAAGAUACUGAACCUUCAGAUUGUCAUCAAUCUACUACAUUCAAUCUCAAAGGAACGAUCGGCUACAUUGCACCAGAGUAUGGCAUUAGCGGGAUGACUUCAACUAAAGCUGAUGUUUUCAGUUUUGGGGUCCUGUUAUUGGAGUUGUUUACAAGAAAGAAGCCUACCGAUGACAUGUUUACAGGAGAAGUAAGCUUGCCAAAAUGGGUUUCUGUGAUGUUUCCCCAUAGGAUAUUGGACAUUUUGGAUCCUGAGCUACUAAAUCCUAUCAGCAAUGGCAUGGCUAGCAUUCGACCAAAAGACGAGGAAAGUUGGAAAUUUUGCAUAAUCUCAUUGUUCGAAAUAUGCUUGGCUUGUACCUCAGAGUCGCUAGAGAAGCGCAUGAACAUCAGAGACGUGCUGCCUAAGCUAAAGAAAAUACGAGACAACCAGUUUCAGUGCUAAUUGAAAUUCUUUCGAUUAUCGCUACACCAAGCAGUAGAGCAUAAGCCUUUGGAUGAUUCCAAUCAAAAUCCUAUGGCAUCAAGUGCACAACUACUGUUAGGACUAGACUAAAUUUGUAUUUGUUAUUUUGUGUCUUCACAUGUUCCUUUAUUACAUCAUAUUGUAAUAAGAAGAACAUCAAUCCAUGUUAUUUUGCCCUUUAUUUGGCUGUAAAUGAAAAUGAAUAUGAAUUUUUUGAAA